UUUCGUUCUUGGGAGGUGUCGCGUCCUGUCCAGAUGCGGCCACGCGGGAGUAGGAGGAUCCAAAGGGGAGGCGCCCAGUGAAAUGCAGCCUGCCCGGUGCACAGUCGGGCAGCUCGGGCACCCUGUGGGCGCUCCCAGGGCGCGGCCCUCCUCUGAGAGCCCGGGUUGGAUCUCUCCGCAGGGGUCUGGGCGGCAGUUUUGGAGCCUCGGCCCAGGAGGAGGCGCGGGGCGGGCACGGUCUUUCAGUUCUUCCUGCUCUUCUCUGUGGAAGUCUCGUAGAGCGGGGCGCGGCGGCUCAGUCCUGUCAUCGCAGCGCUUUGGGAGGCUGAGGUGGGAGAAUCACUUGAGGCUAGAGUUCAAGACCAGCCUGGGCAACAUAAGGGGACCCACAUCUCUAACCAAAACAAAAAACCUCCACAGCCAGCGUUGUGCCUUUUCUCCAGAAGGGGCAGCACCUCUGCCUUCCUCUUGAUGGUGCCUUUCGCUUGGCGUCCUCCUGCCCUGGCAGUUCCGUCGUGUCUCAGUGAGCACUUCAUGCUUUUGUUCUGGCUUGUGGGUGUCGGGUCUUACGUUCUAUCAGGUGGAAAGAAACCUUUUCAGGUUGUUCGGGAGCACAUGAAUCUGAUAUAAUCGAAUGCGUGAGUGGAUGAAUACAGAUAAAUGUACAAUUUGCCACCGAGGAAAAGGAGGACUGCUUAGCUGUGGUUCCAGGCCAUCACCUAGAUCUCACCUUAGCGCCCUGUAGAUUUCCCCCCAGAGCCUCAAAGUAGGAGGGCUUCCCUAGAACACUCUGCAGGCUGAUUUACUAGCAGGAGGGAUUGAAUUGAUAAUGAGUGCGAAGAUAACUUUUGACAGGUGGGUUUUCUCUCAGGUGCUCAUUUAAAAGUCCUACCUAGGGCGGGCCGGGAUGCCUCACACCUGUAAUCCCAGCGCUUUGGGAGCCCGAGGAAGGAGGAUCGCUGGAGUUUAGGAGUUAGAGGCCAACCUAGAAAAAAAUAGGGCAAACCCCUGUCUCUACUAAAAACAAAAAUUACCCAGGCGUGGUGGUGGUGUGUGUCUGUGUGUCUGUAGUCCCAGCCACUUUGGAGGCUGAUGUGGGACGAUCACUUGAGCCUGGGAGGUUGAGGCUGCAUGCAGUGAGCUGUGAUUGCACCACUGCACCCCAGCUUGGGUGACAGAGUGUAGAUCCUGUCUCAAAAAGAAAAAAAAAAAGUACUGAUCUAGAGAAAGUCUGUAGCUCGAUUUAAUCUUUAACUUACAUUCACCAGUUCUUAAGAAUUUCUUUCAUUUGUUUUCGAUAUAUACUUUAUGAUGAGCCAUUUAAAUUGGAAGUGAAUGCACUUUCCCCUUUAAUCUUAAGCAUAUAUCUCCUAUACCUUCUACAAGUGAAGACAAUCUUCUACCAAACAGAAAACAACAAGACUUCAUUUUCCAUCCCCACCCCCAGCAUCAUAUCUGGGUACAAACAACCCAGGGUCACAUUUCCGUGGAAACAAUAAAUGUGGGUAGGUGUGGAAUGUUGUUAGAAAUCUUUUAUUUGAAACUCAGCACCUGGGUUGUAAAUUGGUAAUUCUUCUUGGCGUAAAAACAUUACAGAAACCCUCCAGGCAAAAGUGAGAUAUUUCAAUCUUUCUGAUAUUUCUUACUGAUACGGUUUCAAACAGUAAAUUUCUAAUGACUGAUUUAAGAGAACAGAGUUUCACAGUGAGUAAAAUAGCAACAGUAACUCAAGUCAUUAGAACGGCUUUGUUCCUUUUGUGAUAGCUACAUCUUUUUUUGUUUUUGUUUUUUUGGAUUUUAAGUUUUAAACUUCUUUUUUCAUUCCUAUGCUUACUCAAUACAGCCUUUUUUUUUCUUUCUUUCUCUGAGACGGAGUCUCGAUCUGUCCCCAGGCUGGAGUGCAGUGGCAUGAUCUCGGCUCACAGCAACCUCCGACUCCCGGGUUCAAGUGAUUCUACUGCCUCAGCCUCCCUAGUAGCUGAGAAUACAGGGAGCUGGCUAAUGAAUGGUGCUUGAUGACAGAUGAGUAAUGCCUGUUGCUUAAAGAUUGACAGUUUGAGGCAAGACUCCCAUUACUACUUAAGAGGAAUUAAGAUUGACCUACCCAUAAAUUUAGACAAUGUCUUGAAGAGACUUUGGGAACAAGAUAUUCAGGCACAUUCCACUGUUAGAUUCACAGGAUGCCAGCCAUUGAUCUUUCCCUUUGUGAUCAUCUCUUUCAAGACUUUUUCUAUCUUCAUGAGGCAAAAUUUGAAGAGGAGAGGAUGGUGGCUGGGUGGUUGACAAAUUACUCUCAGGACUCAGUGACCUUUGAGGAUGUGGCUGUGGACUUCACCCCAGAGGAGUGGACUUUGCUGGAUCAAACUCAGAGAAACUUAUACGGAGAUGUGAUGCUGGAGAACUACAAGAAUCUAAUUGCAGUAGAUUGGGAGAGUCAUAUUAAUACCAAAUGGACAGCACCUCAGCAGAAUUUUUUUCAGGAGAAAACAUUCAGUAUGGUGGAAAUGGAGAGAAACCACUUUGGAGAGGAACUGUUUGACUUUAACCAAUGUGAAAAAACCUUGAGUGAACACUCAUGCCUUAAGACUCACAGGAGAACUUACUUUAGAAAAAAAACCUGUGAGCAUAAUCAGUGUGAAAAAGCCUUCACAAAACCCUCUACCUUUACUUUACACAAGAAGACUGAUGUUGGAGAGGAACUUCCCAACUGUAAUCAAUGUGAAACAGCCUUCAGCCAACAUCUUGUCUGCAGGAAAACUCACACUCAAGAGAAACCAUAUAAAUGCAGUGACUGUGAAAAAGGCUUACCUUCCUUAUCACACCUUAGAGAAUGUGUAAGAAUAUAUGGUGGAGAGAGACCAGAUACUUGUAAGGAGUGUGUCAAAACCUUUUCUCAUUCUACAGGCCUUUUUGUACACAUGCAAACUCAUGAUGGAUAAAAACUCCAUGAAUGUAAAGCAUGUGGGAAACCCUUCACUCAGUCUUCAUAUCUUACUCAACAUUUAAGAAUUCUUAGUAGAGUGUUACCUAUAGAAUGUAAGAAAUUUGGCAAAGCCUUUGCUUAUUCCCCAGGUCUUGUUAAACAUAAAAGACCUAGCACUAGGGGAAAACACUAUGUUUGUAAUGAAUGUGGCAGAGAGUUUACUUGUUUCUCAAAACUCAACAUUCACAUGGAACUCACAAGAGUUCACACUGGAGAAAAACCAUAUGAGUGUAACAAAUGUGGGAAAGCCUUUACUGAUUCUUCAGGUCUUAUAAAACACAGGCAGACUCACACUGGAGAAAAGCCUUAUGAAUGUAAGGAAUGUGGGAAAGCUUUCGCUAACUCUUCACACCUUACUGUACAUAUGAGAACCCACACUGGCGAAAAGCCUUAUCAGUGUAAGGAAUGUGGAAAAGCCUUUAUUAAUUCCUCUUGCUUUAAAAGUCACAUGCAGACUCACCCUGGUGUAAAGCCCUAUGACUGUAAACAGUGUGGGAAAGCUUUUAUUCGAUCCUCGUUUCUUAUUCGUCAUUUAAGAAGUCACAGCAGACCUUUUGAAUGUGAAGAAUGUAGGAAAGCCUUUAGAUACUCCUCACACCUUAGUCAGCAUAAAAGAACACACACGGGGAGGCCAUAUAAAUGUCAAAAAUGUGGGCAUGCUUUCACUAUCUCAUCAGGCCUUACAGUACACAUGAGAACUCACACUGGUGAACAGCCCUUUGAAUGUCAGGAAUGUGGGAAAGGCUUUACUCAGUCCACAUAUCUUACUCAACAUCUAAGAAGUCACAGUGGGGAGAAACCAUAUAAAGAAUGUGGGCAAACCUUUAGGAAUUCCUCAUCCCUCACUGAAUGUGUAAGAAUUCACACUUGAGCUUAUACUUGGAAAGAAUGUGGUAAAGCCACUACUACCUCACACUUACUGAAUAUGUACUCAU